AUGGCCAGCAAAAGUAUUUCGGGUGUCCCGUCUGCCGAGGAUGACAUCUAUUUUGGUAAAGAAGUGGUGAAUCGAGUGUCUUUCCUUAGAGAAGAUUCGGAGUUUAUCAGCAACUCUGCUUUCCAUCCAUCGACUCGGUUCAUUUUCUAUAAUGACGGCAAUCCUUUGGUCAACAAAGAGGCAAAGGAAAAGCUCGUCAUCUUAACUAAUGGUAGCAACCAAUUGACAAAUGUGGAAGGCGAUAGUGUGGCAGGCACAUCUGUCGGGUUGCUUGGUAAUGAAGCGUGGAAGAGCAUCUUGGAUACAUGGACCAAUGAUAACAAGGAGCAGCUUGCCAGUUUGAGAGAUGACAACAAGCCUACGUUCUUAUUUCUCGGUCUCAAGGACGAAAGUGUGGGGCUUGACUUGCGUAAAUUGAAGUGCGAGGACACUGACAGCUAUUUGGACCACCAGGGUAGAUAUUUCGGUAUUCCAUACUUUGGUAUCGACUUGACCAACUCCCCGCAGGUGGUGAAGCUUAUCAAGGAGCAUAUCGUUGAUAAUAAUGUGGAGGUGGACAUCAAGAACUUGUUCUUCACACAUUCGAGAAAGCACACGCUAGGCUUCAGUAGCGAUGAGUCUGCAUUGUUCAGUCAUGGAAAAAUGUACUUUGAUUGGCUAGGAAGAAACAGGUUCUGUCCUGGUUGUGGAUCGAAGGUGAUCCCCGUGCACGCUGGAGGUAAGCUUAAAUGUACUAAUGAAGAAUCCACCGGAGAAGGUGAAGAGAAGGAAUACAAAUGUCCUGUGAGAAAUACACGAGUGUCGAAUGUUUCGUUUCCUCGAACCGAUGCGGUGGUGAUCACAGCCAUCACUAAUAAGGACAGAUCGAAAAUUCUUCUUUCAUUGAACAAGAGAUACGCAUUCACCAAGAUGUACUCAUGCACUGCCGGGUUCAUGGAGCCAUCAGAAACAGUGGAGGUUGCUACUAAGAGAGAAAUUUGGGAAGAAACCGGUGUGGUGUGUAGUGAUAUUCAAAUUCUCAUGACACAGCCAUGGCCAUUCCCUGGAAACUUGAUGAUUGGGUGUGUUGCAACUGUUGACUUCAACGGAGUCAACGAGGUGAUCCAUUUGGGUCACGACAGAGAACUUGCUGAUGCACGGUGGUUUGACAUAUCUUUUGUGAGGAAACUCGUCAAUGGGGAGCACGACGAGCUGAGUAACCCGGAGGGAAUAAUUCUUCCCAACGACAUUUCUGUUGCAUUCACCUUGAUCAAACAUGUUUUGGAUAAGGGAGAACUGAAGCUUUAG